UAUGCAGAAGCGCUUCGUUUUUAGCAGAAUUAAUUUACUUUUGUUGUGUUGUCCGAAUUUUGUAGAGAUUUAUGAAAAUAGAAUGAGUUCAAGACAUAACGUAUCAGUUGCUUCGUUUGCUUCUAUGCUUCAGUGAGCACAAAGGCCUAAAUCCGCUGCUAAUCACGGAUGCACGCUCGAGGUCGGUGUUGGCUCAUCUCCCUAAUCAUGCAUUGCUUGCAUUUUGAACCAUUUUGGGACAUGUUAUAAGGGAUAUGGUGGAUCAGCCAUUGGUUUACGAUGAUUAUUCCUUAAAUGUCCCAAACGAAAGAAUAUGGCUGAAUAGUUGCGUUUUAGCAUCACAAUGCCGAUUUCUGGAACAGAUGCAUGUUGUAAUUCUUUUUGUUGCAAAGCAUGCGCUGCGAGGGAAAAAUCAUCCCACGGUCACAUUACAUUGUUUUAUGCACUAAUGACACGUUAUAUUUCCCUUUAGCAUUUGUAUUGAAAUCUAGUUGAAUUGUUGCUGAGCUAAUGUGCGAUCUUAAACUGUAGAUGUAUAAUUAAUCUUAACGCAUUAACAUUAUCUUAAUUUUGAUUGGUUAAUUUAUAAUCUUGGGUGUGUUCGUUCGUUUAAUUAGUUUUCAACGAUAUGUUUGAGUAAGUUGUUGGAAAGUUGCUUUUUAGUUUUAGAGGGUUACAGUUAUCAAAGAAUGGAAAUUACGCAAUUCGUUUUUCUCUGCGUGAAUAUCUACUAUCUUAUAUCGCUAAGAAUCAAAUGAAAGUGAGGAUAUGUGCAUUCCUCAAUAUAAGUGGUCCACCGAGCCGGAUAGUGAUAUAAGAAGAAAUGGAGAAUGUUGAACGUGCGCGGAAGAAACGGAGAACGACGCGUGGAUUGGUCACAAAGUUGUUGACAAAGAUUGAAGAAAGCUUGGAACAAGAUCGUAUUGAAAUAGAUUGUAGAAAGUUAAAACAGUUUCAGGCAGAUUUGAAAGAAAAAGCAGAAUGUUUAAAAGAAAUUGAUGGCACAAUUUUGGACGGAUUGAUCGAUGUUGACGCGGACGACGAUACCUGCGAGAAUGAAGCAGCCGAAGCGAACGAAAUUCAAGAAAAAAUCAGAUUCAAUCUUAUUUGCCUGGAGGAAGCUUUGGAAAGUAUUGGAAUGAAGAGGAGUACUUCGCAGGAGAGUGUAGCAGAGAGUUUGAAAUCAAAUUCGUCGAUUUCUGAGUCGCAUCGAAGUUUUACCACAGCCGUUAGGGUGAAACUCCCGAAACUGGAACUUCGGAAAUUUAAUGGGAAGUUACAAGAGUGGAAUGAGUUCUGGGACUCAUUCAACAGCGCAGUCCACACUGAUCCCGGUCUUGCAAAAGUGGAUAAAUUUAAAUAUUUGCGAUCAUUUUUGGAAGAGCCUGUUCGACGUGUCAUUUCGGGCCUGGCGUUAACAGAUGACAACUAUGACUCUGCAGUGGAGAUAUUGUCGAAUAGAUAUGCUAAACCAAUGCAGAUCAAGAGGGCUCAUAUCAACGAUAUAAUGAAUCUACCGCCAGUAUUCAACGAAAGAAACAUUGUUAGGCUUCGUCAUCUUUAUGACGAUAUUGAGACACAUUUCCGUGGACUGGAGGCUCUCGGCGCAGAUAAGGACUCUUACUCGAGUGUUGUUGUGCCUGUGGUUAUGGAGAAGAUUCCGGAGGCCAUCAGAAUCAAUAUGAUACGGUUUGGAGGAGACUACCUAAACUGGAAUUUAGAUGAAUUGUUGAAAGCCUUGGCGAAAGAAUUGGAAAUUCGAGAGAUCCACACACCGAUGCUGAGGAUGAAUUAUCAACCGCAAACAGCGCAGAACCAACAACGGCCUAGCUCUGGGAGACAAAGCGAGAAGACAGCAACAACGAGUGCUCUUUUCGCUGGGAAGGAGAGGGACCAGAAGAAUAUCUGUCAGUUCUGCUUAGGGAAUCAUUUGCCGGAGGACUGCUCUAAAUUUACAACUGUAGCAGAGCGGAAGAAUAUCCUUUUUAAAUUCGCAAGAUGUUUUUUAUGUCUUAAUAAAGGGCAUAGAUCAUUCGAUUGCCGUAGCAAGCAAACCUGUAGAUAUUGUAAUGGUAAACAUAAUCAUUUGAUUUGCAAGGUUAAACCUAAUAGUCUUGCUAGCGAUAAUAAGGUUAAGAUGCAAUCUAGCGAUGCAAGCGCUGCAGCUCUCAAUCCAAAUGCUACUACUUGGGUUGGCAGCACGGAGAGUUCCACCUCAGCCCCCGACGAGAGAGUGGCUUUACAGACAGCGUUAGCAAGAGUAAAAGGUAGAAGAGAGAGCAGAAUGCGAGUUUUAUUUGAUACAGGUAGCCAGAAAACAUUCAUAUCUGCUAAAGCUGUCGAUAGGUUAGCUUUGAAGCCACUGAGAGAGGAAAGCUUGGGAAUCAAGACGUUUGGUAAGAGUGAGCCAGAGGUAAAAAUGAGAGAAGUUUAUGAGUUGGAAUUAGAGCCUUUACACAAUGGUAAGAGUGUAACUGUAGAAGCUUUUCUUGUUGAUGAAAUUUCUACAAUUUCUAAUGUCCAUGUAGAAGAGAUAAAGAAGAAUUAUCAACAUUUGUGUGAUAUAUAUUUCUCUGAUGUUUCCAGGUCAGAAGACUUGUUAGAGAUAGACAUAUUGAUUGGUGCUAACUAUCUUUGGAGUUUCCAUGAAGGGCAAGUUAUACGAGGGGGGCAGCAGGAUCCAGUUGCAAUUAAGACUGUACUUGGUUAUGUUUUGUCAGGACCAGUAAAAGGACAAAGGCUGACCCCAUUUUCCCUCAAGCUAACAUCUGUUUUAGAUCAUCAGCAUUCUAAUGAUGAGUUGUCCAAAAGGUUUUUAUAUCUUAAAAAGAAGUUAACACAUUUCUGGAACAGAUGGAGAAAGGAAUAUCUAGUGAAUCUACGUGAAAGUCACAAAAUGAAUACUGGUGCACCAAAUGCUAUCAAAAUAGGUGAAGUUGUACUGGUUCAUGAAGAUGGUGCAAAAAGAUUAUCAUGGAAAAAGGGAAUUAUCGAAGAUUUAAUAGUUGGUAAGGAUGGAAAAGUAAGAGGCGUUUCAGUAAGGAUUGUUGGUAGAGAAGGUAAGACACAAAUUUUAAAUAGACCAGUUCAAAAAGUCUAUCCACUUGAAAUUUCUAUUACUGAUAUUGAUUGUGUAGAGAAUGGGAAAGAAAAAGAACACCAGUCAGGAAUGGAGAGGAAGGGAAUCGAGAGUAAAGUGAGUGAAGAGAAAAUAAGUGAAGAAAGAUUGAUACGACGACCCAUGCGCGCUGCAGCCAAGGACGCUCGAUGCAAAACCAAACUCUUGCUUGAUCACUAGUGAUCAAGAAGGGGGGUAUGUUGCAAAGCAUGCGCUGCGAGGGAAAAAUUAUCCCACGGUCACAUUACAUUGUUUUAUGCACUAAUGACACGUUAUAUUUCCCUUUAGCAUUUGUAUUGAAAUCUAGUUGAAUUGUUGCUGAGCUAAUGUGCGAUCUUAAACUGUAGAUGUAUAAUUAAUCUUAACGCAUUAACAUUAUCUUAAUUUUGAUUGGUUAAUUUAUAAUCUUGGGUGUGUUCGUUCGUUUAAUUAGUUUUCAACGAUAUGUUUGAGUAAGUUGUUGGAAAGUUGCUUUUUAGUUUUAGAGGGUUACAGUUAUCAAAGAAUGGAAAUUA